AUGACGCACAUCCAGAACAUCGCUAUCAUGGGCGCAACAGGCAACCUUGGCUCUUUAGUAGUCAAGCACCUGCUUCAGUCACACAAAAAAUUCAACAUCACAGCGAUCACCCGCUCAGACUCCACAUCCACCCUCCCAGACCAUCCCUCAUUGAUUGUCAAGAAAGGCGAUUAUUCGUCUCCAGAGUUCCUAGCCUCGGCAUUCGCCGGCCAAGAAGCUGUCAUCUUCACUUUAUACCAUACUGCUGUCCCCGAACAAGAAGUAAAAUAUAUCGAAGCAGCCGCUGCUGCUGGUGUGAAAUGGAUCCUGCCGGUCGAGUUUGGAGGCGACAAUGCGCAUCCUCACAUGUCGACUUUCGUCCCAGUUCACGCUAAGAAGACAGCUCCCAGGAAGAGGAUCGAAGAACUGUCCAAGACUCACGAGGGUCUAAAAUGGAUUGGCGUCGUGACGAAUCCUUGGUUUGACUUUGCAAUGGAACGAUCCAUGUGGGGCAUCGAUAUCAAGAACAGGACAGCGAAUUUAAUGACCGGAAACACGGGCAGAUUCAACACCACGAACCUGGAUACUGUCGCUCUAGCCACUGCUCGUAUUUUCAAUCUGCCAAUCCAGGACGACCACGGUCCUUCACUUGAUAUCUUCGGAAAUCGAUUUGUGUAUGUAAGCUCGUUCCAUGUGACGCAGCAAGAGAUAUUCUCUGCGGUUCAGCGGGUGACAGGGACGACUGAUGCUGACUGGAAGAUCACUCGUACGGAUCUUCAAACCUGGAUCGAUGAAGGCGCGGAGAAGCUUUCGAAGGGCCAAUUUAUGGGAAUGGUGAAUCUUUUGAUGGGAACUACCAUGCAAGAAGGUGGUGGUGGCGAUUUCGAGAGUAAGAGAGGUCCAACCAACAAGAUUUUAUGCUUGCCGGAAGAGGAUCUGGAUGAGUCGGUUUCAAAAAUCGUGGAUAAGGUCAUGGCCUAGCGAUCAAGCUGGUGAGUCUUAAUACGAGCACUCGGUACUGCAUCGUGAGUUUAAUAGAAAGUGUUUCAUUGGGCUUGACCGAUCCAGAUCUUGCGUUCGUUAGCGUGAUACGUUCCAUUUGAGCCGAAGUCUUGGCCUUUGAUAUACGGCCUAUGUUCAAGCGUCGAAGUAUCCGAGUCAAUCUGUCCGUCUCCACUUG